AUGCAGGUUGGAGGUUGUAGCAUAUAUGGAGGAGCGCAUGAAUCUGGUUACUGUAUACCUCUUGAGUAUGCUGCAAAGGAAGUGGAUUAUAUGGGAAAUCAGCAUAGACCAGGGUUUAAUGUAGAUGGAUUUUUAGGUUAUCAGCAAGGUUCCAAUUUUAAUCAAAAUCAAGGGCAGUGGAGGUCUCAUCCUAGAAACCAGUUCAGCAAAGACCAAGGAGGAUCAUCCAAAAUGCCUCAAAAUCAAGGGCCUAGCCUUUAUGAGAGGACCACCAAGCUGGAGCAGACUUUGGCUCAGUUCAUGCAAGUUUCAAUGUCCAAUUACAAGAGCACAGAGUCUGCUAUAAAGAACUUGGAGAUUCAAGUGGGACAACUAGCUAAGCAAAUAACUGAGAAUUCUUCUGGAGGUUUUGGAGCCAAUACUGAGAAAAAUCCCAAAGAAGAAUGCAAAGCUGUCAUAACUAGAAGCAAGAGGGAAACCACAGUAAAAGAUGAAAGGAGGAAUAGUGAUGAGCAGGAAGAAAAGAAGAAGGAGGUUGUCUCAUGUUCAAGGAAGGAAGUACCAUAUCCGUUGGUGUCAUCCAAGAAAGACAAGGAAUGGCACUUUGCUCGUUUCCUUGAUAUCUUCAAGAAAUUGGAGAUAACUAUCCCCUUUGGAGAAGCCUUGCAACAAAUGCCACUCUACUCCAAGUUUCUGAAAGAUUUGCUGACCAAGAAGGGCAAAUAUAUCCACAGUGAUAAUAUUAUGGUGGAGGGAAACUGCAGUGUUGUUAUCCAAAGAAUCCUUCCACCUAAAUACAAGGAUCCAGGGAGUGUCACAAUCCCUUGCUCUAUUGGUGCGGUGUCUGUUGGGAAAGCCCUAAUUGAUUUGGGGGCUAGCAUAAAUUUGAUGUAUCUCUCUAUGUGCAGAAGGAUUGAAGAGCUGGAAAUUAUGCCAACAAGAAUGACAUUGCAACUGACUAAUCGAUCUAUCACAAGGCCUUAUGGCGUGGUUGAAGAUGUUUUGGUGAAGGUGCGACAAUUCACCUUCCCUGCAGACUUCGUGAUCAUGGAUAUUGAAGAGGAUGCUAAAAUCCCAUUGAUUUUGGGCCGUCCCUUCAUGUUAACUGCUAAUUGUGUGGUGGAUAUGGGGAAAGGAAAUAUGGAAAUGAGUGUAGAUGAUCAGAAAGUUACAUUCAAUCUAUUUGAAGCUAUGAAGCACCCAAGUGACCACAAGGCCUGCUUUAAAGUAGAAAAGGAAGAACACGAGAUAAACAUGGUAGCUAGAACCAUGGUACUCCAGUCCCCACUUGAAAAAGCAUUGACUAAUACUAUGGAGUGUUUGACAACAAAGGAAGAAAAAGAAGUGCAGAGCUGUUUAGAGGAAUUAGAGGGUGUAGAAGAAAAUCCUUCUAGAAGAGUGGUUUUUGAAGAAUUGAAGAAGGACAUUCCAGCAUAA